AUGCCAAAGAGGAGGCGGCUUGAGGAAGAACGCCCUGCUCAGCCGGCCAAGAAGCCUCGUUUACGCUUCGACUAUGAUAUUUCCCUCUUGAGUGACGAAGUCAUUUUGAAGAUACUGACAUACCUUCCCAUUUCAGACCUAGCGACGUGCCAGCGGCUUUGUCAUCGUCUUCAGCGACUCGCUGGCGAUUCCGAACUUUGGAAGGAGAAGUAUUAUGCGCGAUGGGUCAGACCACGGGCAUUACGCAUACCAGGCUUGAAAGACACGAUCGCUUCUUCGGAAGCAUUUCGAUACUCUUCCAAGCUUGCGAAAUGGCUGAACGAUAGGCAUCUCAUACAGGAGGGCCGCCGUACAGAUUGGAAAUGGCAAUAUCGUCUCAGGGACAAUUGGUGGAGAGGACACUGCAAGGUUCGCGAAGUUGAAGUGGCUGUGCCUCCGGCGCCCUCUGUAUUUGUCAGAAUCUAUCGAGGCGUUACCUUCACGGCGGAUGCGAAGAGCGGCUUACGAGCCUGGACUACCAAAAAGAAUCCGUUGUUGAUCGCUAGCCUGCCUUUCGGCGUCGAUACGAAGACAGGAUGGCCCGAAUGCCGUCCGACAUGCCUAAGCAUCGACACCGAAUCCUCCACGAACACUGAUGUCUGUGUCGGAUUCGUUGAUGGAUCUUUCAAAAUUUACCGGCUUAAUGGGGGAGAAUUCUACUCACGAUACGCUCACGCACCAUCAAGCAAUGGUGCAAUAUCCGGCAUCGCAAUGUUCUAUCCAUACAUAUUGACUAUUUCUGACAAGAAAAUAUUGUCUCUGUAUCGAUUUCCGUCCAAGGACCAUAUAUGCAAACAUUUAUUGGAUCCUCACCUCCUUGCAUCACUGCAAUCCAGCUGUGUGUUCGCACCCAUAUCACUUUCAAUCCGACCCAGUUCUGGUGGCCUGGUCGCCACUAUUGCAUAUGCACUUACUCGACUGACCUCAGGUUGGUCUGUUGGACUGCAAGAGCUUCGAAUGACCAAGGACGGCGAAACACUGGACUCACGACUCACGUCUUCCAGUGAAGAGGAGAUCACCGCUUUUCAUUCGAUCCAGGACCAAGAUACCACAGUCUCGGCCAGAGCGGCUGCCUCGCAGCCAUUUGUACUCCAUCCUGAAUCGAUGGCACGUCCCACAGCGUUGUCGUAUUCUCAUCCUUACCUUUUAGCUUCCCUACCUGACAACACCUUGAUGACAUACUUGGUCACGUCGAAUGCGGACAAGCUUGAGAUCGCCCCUGGUCGAAGACUUUGGGGCCAUACAUCUUCCGUAUCUGGAGUGCGGGUGGGUGAUCGAGGAAAAGCGGUUUCCGUAAGCCGACAGGGGGACGAAAUUCGAGUGUGGGAGCUGGAAGAUUUACUAUCGUCGUCAUUUCAGCAAAGAACCAGCGUUUGUAUACAGCCGGAGAAUCCAGAUCUGGGAAUCAUCGCUGAUGCCAUCCGACGCCGAGGGGAUGGGCUUAGCUUAGCCUGUGGUGAGAUGGAAGUGGAACAGGCAACCUGGAGAAAGUGGAUAGGGUUCGAUGAGGAGCAGGUCGUGGUUUUGGGAGAACGGUGGAGACGGCAAAUAUUGUCAUGUUACGAUUUUACCUGA